GUGUGCCGGGAAGACGCGGCUGUUGCGGACGCCGCGGGAGCUGGCGUCAUGGUCGUGCUGGGAUUUGCUUCGUUGCUGGGCCACAUCCCGGCCACAGCGUGGAGAGCGGCAAGAUCACCCAUUCUGUGUCAUUCUUUGAGGAAAAUAAGUUCUCAAGGAGAAAAAUCCAAACCCAUCAAAGAACCCCUCAAGAAGCCAAAGUUACCAGAAGGUCGUUUUGAUGCACCAGAAGAUUCCAAUUUAGAGAAAGAACCACUGACAAAAUUCCCGGAUGAUGUUAAUCCUGUUACCAAAGAAAGAGGUGGACCCAGGGGCCCAGAACCUACCCGAUAUGGAGACUGGGAACGAAAAGGACGCUGUAUUGAUUUUUAAGCCACAUAUUCGUUAACUUCAGUAUCUUUUUCUGAUUGUGUACAUCUGAAUUAACUUAUUUUUGAUGAUUUUCUUUCUGUAUAUCCUUUAAGUCAUCUAAUUUAUAUAAUGUGUUUAAAAAAAUAUAGCUUUGGAAGAAAAUAUGCUGUUAUAAAUCAGGAAAGAGGAAAUAUUAGCACAUUAAUUUUAAUUUAAAUGUAUUGGGAUAUUUAAGUGAUGAUUAGAGCUGCAAACUUUUAUUUCAUCAUGUUUCAGUUUAAGUUAAUCAGUUGCUUAUAAGAUACAAAUGUAAAUAAAACAACUUUUUUUUUAAUGAUUUUAUUGCCAUGUGCUAGGUAAUAGUGACUUUUUUAAUGUGAGUUAAGUAAUGCAUUAUAGUUUGGUAAGGCCACAGUAACAGCAGAAAAUCUUUAACUCUGGAGCCAGAUCACUUGGGUUCAAAUCCCAGCUCCACUACUUACUAGCUUAUGUGACCUUGGGUAAGUUAUUUAACUUCUCUGUGCUUCAGUAUCCUUAUGUGUAAAUUGGAGAUAAUCCUAGUUCCACCGCAUAGGGCAGUUGAGAAGAUUAAAUGAGUGAAUACAUGUAAACCACCUGGAGCAGUGCGUACUAGAAGAGCUGGAAGUCGUUGCCUCUGGAGGCGAGUUGGGUGGACAGGGACUGUGGUUUCUCAUUAGAUGCUCGCUUUCUUAAAAUAAAUGAAUAUAUUAGGUACUAUUUUAAUAAUUUAUACAAGUUCAUUGGGGAAAUUUAGAAAACAGUAUAAAGAAGAAAACAAGAAUUGUCUAUAAAACCUCUACACCUGCUUACCCUUUGACUAUUGUCCUUCAAUAAUCUAAGUAAGUAUACGUUUUGUAUAUCUGUUAUCCUAACAAUUUCAUAGUGAAAAUGAUGUUUCACUAUUUGAAUCUUCACUUUCUUAAUCACAAGUGAUGUUAAACACUCUUCUCUAUGUUUAUCAGCCUUUUGUGUCUUCUGUUAAUUGCUUUUUCCUAUCUUUUGCUCAUUUUCUGUUGGAUAUUGGUCCUUUGUUAUCAAUUUGUAUGAGACUUUUGCUUUUCACUUGUGCUUAUUUAUGUUGAAAUUUUUCUUAUUUUUGUGGUGUCAGUUUUUUUUAUCUUUGUGUAACUUGGUCUCUGUGACCUUGAUGUACUAAUAUCCCUUCACAAGUCCCUUGGUGGUUCCUGUCCAUGAUGAAGUCUUAAGUUCUGUGUCCUUCCUGUUCUGGCCCUUUAUGUCUGUUCAGGCCCCUCCUUCCCAGUCAAGCCCCACUACUCACAGCCUCUUAGACAGGCUUUUCAUCGCCUCCAUGUGUUGGUAGAUAAACAUGCCUUCUGCCUGAAAUGCCCUC